AUGGAAAGCUAUCUUAGCAAUAGAAAAAUUGUAACAGUUGUAGAAGGCUCGACAUCAGAUGAGUUACUGAUAUCCUGUGGUGUGCCCCAAGGAUCGGUUCUGGGUCCUUUGCUUUUUUUGAUAUAUAUUAAUGAUCUACCAAAUGGUCUGGAUAGUACAACUCUGCUCUAUGCAGAUGAUGUAUCACUACAUCGGGAAGUUUCAGAUAUUCAAAGAGACUUUAUGAUUAUGAAUGAGGAUUUAGCUAAAGCUGAAGAUUGGUCUAAUAAGUGGAAGCUUGACUUUAACAUUAAAAAGUGUGUAUCAAUGUUCUUCACGCGUUCUGAUACAGUAACUACAUUGCCCACUUUGAAGAUUAAGUAUCAAUUGAUAGAAAAUGUUACUGAGCAUAAACAUUUAGGUUUACUUUUUACCACUAAUCCUGAUUGGAGUUGUCAUAUUCAAUCAAUAGUUAGUGAUUGUUCUUCGGUAGUAGGUGGUAUGAAAUAUUUGAGUCGGCUCCUAUCGCGUCAAGCACUGACGCUGAUUUACAACUCAUAUAUUCCUACUCAGAUAAACUAUGCCUCUGUAAUUUAUUGUGGAAGUACACAAAAAGCUCUUGAACCACUACAUACAAUACAAUAUAAUGCAGCAUUAGCUGCUAGUGGAGCGAUGAGAGGUUCUUCGUAUGAGAAAGUGUGCACAGAAUUAUUUUGCCUAGUAUAG